AGGCGUGUGCUGUGAUUGGCUGGGCUGGUGAGGCAAUAUCGCGCCACAGUCAGUCACCAGUUGGAGGUUGAGGCGGAGAGGUAGGGAUCGUACAUGAGACCUUCCAUACACUUCCAAGGGCACCAUGGAGGACGAUGUGGCGAUCCCCGACGACCUGGUGGAGGAUGAUCUACUGAAUCAUAUGAAUUGGCCCGACCUGGACCUCGAUGACAUCAAAGACCUGGGACUGGACUGGGGGGAUGGGGAGGUGCUGGGUGGCCCUCCCACCCCGGCCCCUGGCCCUGCAGUGGCCCCCGCCCACUCCAUGCCGCGCACCAUCAGCCCAUCCACCUUCAUCAACACAAACAGUUAUCCGGUGAGCCAGGCGCCCCUUGAGGCUCCAUCCAGCAUGCCACAGCAGCCCCUGGUGGUGGGCAACCCCACAAUGAGGCAGGUGGCUCACGUGGCACCAGCACCGCGAAUAGAGCAACCCAUAGUUAGCACGGCACCUGCUCCGGUCACUCCCCAGCUACACCAGUUGCUUACCCAUUCCCAAGUGACCAUGGCACCACAGAACAAACCCUUGGCACCAGUACAAUCCCAGGGGCUGACGGUGCAGCAGGUGGCACAGCUGGCCCCGGUCACUAGGGCUGUCACCACCCUCACACAGGUGGUGCAGCAGCCCACUCUGGUGCAGCAGCUGGUGUUGCCCAAGACAGAGACCAUCACCACCACCAGUGCCGGUGGCUGCCUGGCAGUGCCCCAUACCCUGGUGUACAAGGCGGCCCCAACACUCACCACCAUCCAGGGGCUGGAUGUUGUCACAGGCUUUCCCUUGGUACUGGAGUCUGACCGCCUGCCCCUGGCCAGAGUGGUGAACCCAACUGUCAAACUGGCCACUUCGGGGAUGGUGCCACAGAAGGGGGAGAAGCGGAACUCUCACAAUGCCAUUGAGAAGCGUUACCGAUGCUCUAUCAACGACAAAAUCCUGGAGCUGAAGAACCUCGUGGCGGGGGAGGAGGCCAAGCUGCACAAGUCCCAGAUCCUGAAAAAGGCCAUUGACUACAUCCACUGCCUGCGCAACCAGAACAGGCGCCUCCGGACAGAACUCAACGCCUACAGGAUGCGCGACGGCAGCCAGAAGAUCACUGACCUGCUGGUGGGUCCGUACACCCCCCCGCCCUCAGAUAGUUCUUCACCUGCCCGCUCACCGCUCUCGGACUCUUCCCUCCCGCCCUCACCACAUUCCGCCAAGGCAGAGGUAAAGGAGGAGGAGCUCUCGUCACCGGGAAGCAGCCCUCCGUACUUCGUGGCUCAAGCUCAGGCCAUGGCCGACGGGUCCCGCAUGAUGCUGUGUGUUAUGGUGCUGACGGUGGUGGCCUUCAACCCCUUGGCCUCCCUCAGCCCUGCUCCACCUAGCCCUGCCGUGGGAGAUGUACCAGGCCGCACCAUUCUUGAGGAUCAGCCCCAGGGUGAAGAAGGAUUCACCAAGCUGUGGUCGUCAGUGGCCGUGUCGCUGGUCAACCUGGUGGUGAUGAUGGUGCUGCUGGUGCGGGUGUUUGUGUACGGGGAGCCGGUGGUGAGGCGGCGCUCCCAGGCUGCUGAUUCCUUCUGGCGGCAUCGUAAACAGGCUGACCAGGAUUUGAAUAAGGGAAACUACAGCAGUGCCAGCCAGCAGUACUCCCUGGCCCUACAGUCCAUUGGGCGGCCGCUUCCCACCACCUGGCCGGAGAAGGUGCUGUCGGUGCUGUGGCAGGUGACACGCCAGGUCCUGCAGCGCCUCUACCUGGGACGCUGGCUGGCCAAGCAUGCCGGCGGCCUCUUCCUGGAGCCGUGUGUGAGGGAGGAAGUGCGAGGGAACGUCUGUGAAUGUGCGCAUGUGUACCACCGCCUGCACCAGCUGCACCUGAUGGGACACACCUCGGAUGGCUCUCACCUGCUGGGGCUGUACCUCGCCCUCACCUCUAUCAACCUGGGAGAGUGUGGCUCAGUGGCUGGAGGAGACAUGGCGGAGAUGUUGGUGUCCUGCGCUCUUAGGGUGAAGGAGAGUCUGCCCGAGCCAUGCCGUCUGCUGGCCAGGAUCCUUGUGAGCCAGGCCAGCCGCGCCCCCCCACCUCAGACCCUGGCCUGGCUCUUCACACCCUCUGGACGCCGGUUCUUCGCCUCGCACAAGUGGUCUUACGAUGCCGACCGUCAGUCCAUGUUUACACGGCUCACAGACAAGGCUGACCCCCUGGCGUACCUCCUCUUGCUGUACAGAGAGCACCUACUUGAACGUGCCAUUACAACCUUGGUGAACCCCGGCAACAAGGCAGAGGACACGCAUGAGGAGGGCGGCUCCCACUCGCGCACCACAACCCCUGACGUGCUGCGCUACCUCCAGACACUGCAGCACACCUUCUCGGCUCCUCCCGGCGCUGCACUCCACGCCACUUCCAGGGACGAGGUGUGCAGUUGGUGGAGUUCCUUGCUGGGGGUCAUUGCUCACUGGUUGCUAGGAGAAGACGACCAGGCUGAGGCACUAUUUGUCACCCUAGAGAACACCCCAGAGCUCCUCAAAGCCUCCGAGGACCCCCUGCCCACUGCUGUCCUCUAUGCUGUCAAGGCAAGACGUCAACUGGGCCAUGGCUCCCCCUCGGCUGUGCUGCGGCUGUGUGACCGUGCCGGGUCUGCCCUCAGUGACUCCAUCCACCAGGCCUCCUUCAAGCACCCACACUCCAUGGUUCAGAGUGUCCAGCUCAUUGUAGUGGACUGGCUCCUUGGAGUGCGGACUGUGGCCUGGGAAGGGGAGGUGGCCCGGGACUGUGACACCCUUACCGUCGCACCGCCUCAUGUGCUGCAGGGCUUCCAGCACGACUUGGCCCUCCUCCGCAAGCUGGUUCACUACCUUCCUGGCGUUGUGGCGAGGGUGUUCCUGCAUGAGGCCACGCUGAGGAUGAUGGCCGGCGCUUCCCCCGCCAGGACGCAGCAGCUGCUGGACCGCUCCCUGCGCCACCGCUACAGCCGGCCGUCUGUUAUCUGUGGCAAAGUCAAAGGCGCAGAGAACUUCAGUGGGGAACGAGAGCACGCCACAGCCCUCAUGCUGGCCUGCAGACACCUCCCAUCACAGCUCCUCUCCUCACCCGGGGAGCGUGCCGGCAUGCUGGCCGAGGCUGCCAAGACCCUGGAGAAGAUAGGAGACAAGCGGCGGCUGCAGGACUGUUACACACUUAUGAAGUCGCUGGGCACAGGGGUUUCUUCGUAUGGAUAGGAGGAAGGUAAUAGGGUGGGGUGGGAGGGGACAACUUAGGGAUAGGGUGGGGUGGGGUGGGACAAAGAAUGGAUAGAAGAAAGAUAUUAGGGUGGGUUGACAGGGAGGGACACGUUAUGGAUAAGUUGGGGUGGGAGGGGACGAUGUGUGGGUCGGAGGAAGGUAAUAGGUUAGGGUGGGAAGUGAAUGGACAAAUUACAGUAGGUUUAGAGGGAAUAGGUGGGUAAUGGUAGACUUAUCAUUUCCUUAAGUUCGGGGUUUGAGUAUUGUAAAUAUGGGAAUGGGUUUUUAGGUGUCGCACUUUUCAAUGAAUUAGUGUAAGAGAAAGAUGUACAGAAAAGUGAAUUUCAUGUUAAAUUUUGUAUAUAAUUUUCUGGAUAUUUCACUAUUUAUUUUUAGUAUUUUAUAGUAUUUUAUUAUGAUUGCACUGUAGGGUGCACAUGACCAGCAACAUGUGUUCUGUGUUUACCAAAUUCCCUAUACAAGCUAGGUCUGGGUUCUUAGGGAUGUAAACCAAGAGAGGAAGACAGGGGAGUUAAACCAGCCCCUUCUUGACCUGUAUUUCUUUGUAUCAUGACUAUUCAUUCAUGGUAAAGGGAGUCCAGUGCGUGUCAGAGUUAACAAAGCACUACCAGUCCCACCAGUAGUUGCCCAGAGAGAGGUGCAAAUUGUCAAUCUCAAUAGGCCUAUGAUUACAAAGGGCAAUGUCACACACUCACCAAAAAAAUAAUCAGAUAUCCAGUGAACUAAUAUGGAACAAGGUCUAUUUAUUCAUAUUUUAUUUAUCUAUAUUUAAUUUAUCACUUCCCUUGUGGUGAUGCCAAGACCCAGCACCAGUGUACAGUCUAGAUAGGGCAGACAUCAGGCGCUCCAAUGCUAGGGUAGGACCAAAGAGCCAUUUUACCGUACCUGUGUUGUAAUAAACUUAGUUGGGUGUGCUCAACCUGCAAAGUUUGUACUAAAUUUGUUAUAAAAUCCUCUAUUUCUCUA